AUGGGGAGGAAAGGGGGUUGGUUUUCUUCAGUGAAGAAGGUUUUCAUUUCUGAUUCCAAAAAAGAUCAGAAAGCACAGAAACAUCAUAAGUCCAAGUUAACAUGUUUUGGACAUUAUCAUGGGGAUCCAGAACCAGCAUGUGAAGAAUCAGCAAUUGCUGUUGUUCCCGCUCUUCCACCUAGAAAACGAGUUAAACCAAAAAAAACUGAGGCAGAGAAUGAAGAGAACAAACAAGCUUUUUCUUUGGUUUUAGCCACUGCUGUCGCAGCAGGUGCUGCUGUUGCUGCUGCUGCAGAGGUUUCUCGUCUCAAAACUGAGCCUCGUUACCCUGGAAAAUCAAAUGAAGAGAUAGCAGCUAUCAAGAUUCAAUCGGCAUUCCGUGGAUAUUUGGCAAGAAGAUCAUUGCGUGCCUUGAGAGGUUUGAAGAGGUUGAGAACAUUGGUACAAGGGCAAUCUGUUCAGAGGCAAGCAGCUACCACCUUACAAUGCAUGCAAACUCUUUCCCGAUUGCAGUCUCAGGUUCGUGCAAGGAAGAUUAGAAUGUCUGAGGAGAACCAGGCUCUUCAGCAGCAACUGCAGCAGAAACGGGAAAAGGAACUUGAGAAGUUGCAAGCUUCUCAGGUUGGAGAAAAAUGGGAUGAUAGCUCGAAAUCAAAGGAGCAAAUUGAAGCAAAAUUGUUGAACAGACAAGUAGCUGCUAUGAGAAGAGAGAGGGCUAUGGCCUAUGCAUUAGCACAUCAGCAAACAUGGAGGAACUCUUCAAAAUCUGCAAAUGCCACAUUUAUGGAUCCAAACAAUCCCCAUUGGGGCUGGAAUUGGCUAGAGAGAUGGAUGGCUACACGGCCAUGGGAAGGACAAAACACUAUGUAUAACAAUGACCAUUCAUCUAUAAAGAGUGCUGCAGGCCAUAAUACCAUGUCAGUUGGGGAACUCACCAAAUUGUAUGCUCAACGUGACCAGAACCUUGAUACUAAGAACUCCCCUGCUAGCCAAAAAGUAAAAUCUCCUCGCAGUCACAAUCCCCCUUCAAAACUAGCUUCAAAGGCCUCACCAUCUUUGACAUCUUCCAAUAGUGGAAAGACAAAGGCACCAAGUCCAAAGGGUGGUUCAUGGGGUGGUGAUGGUGACUUAAGAAACAUAUUUAGCAAAAACUCAGAAAACAAUCGCAGGCAUAGCAUUGCUGUGUCUCCAGUGAGAGAUGAUGAGAGCCUUGCAAGUUCACCUGCAUUUCCAAGUCAAACCACAUCCACAAAGGUUUCAAAGGCCAAGUCCAAAGUGCAAAGUCCAUCAUCUGGUGUACAUAAAAAUGGAACACAACAAACACCUGAAAAAGGAGCUGUUGUUUCUGCAAAGAAGAGGCUUUCUUUCCCAGCUUCUCCAGUUGGUUCAAGAAGGCAUUCUGUUCCAACUAAGGUUGGAAUAAGUUCCAAUAACAAAAAUGUUGCUACCAUCCCUGAAGAUAAAGUGAAAGAGAAAAAUGGAGGGAGCAGGUAG